AUGGGCAACGACACAUCACCACAACCGACAGAGCUGGCGAAAACUAGUCGCAGGAGGGUUGACCUUCACCAGCAAUGCUUGAAGAGCAUGGGUGGCCCACCUUCACACGAAGAGUUUGAUAGGUCGGCGGUUACACCAUCCCACUUUGGCAAUAUUGCGCUGUGA